UCCAGGAGUAGGAUGCGCUGAUUUGACGCAUUAACGUGAGGCUCGGGAGGCUGUCAGUGUGAGUUUAGGGGAGGUAAACAAGAUGGCGACAACUUGAAUAGCAAGAGUAACAUGAAGAGACAAAAAAAACCUUAGUCGUAUCUCAUUGUGCAAUGAGAGAACCUGCCACAUCAAAUACGUAAACAAGCCAAAUGCGUAAGAAACAAUUGGCAACCGGGACGAGAUUUCUAUGGAUUAAGGCACCAGGAAGAAAGGGUAACCUGAGACUGGCCGCUUAUAUCACACGGUUGACUGGAUUUGCUGCAUCUGUUUGGUGAUUAAACCUAUGAGGCUCAACUCGAUAUUUUGACACCCGUGUUCCGGAGAGAGCGGGGGUGCAUUGAAACACAUCCCGAAAUGUUGUGUUGUAUGGCUUUGGAGCUGUACUUGCUGCCCAUGCCGAACAUGUUGUCGCGUUAGUUGCAAGUGGAGAGGACCGUGGACUCAAAAAGAGCAAUUAUCGAAUGACAUUGCUCCCUAUUUUGCUCACUUAUAUUGUUUCUGUAUGAAUACCGUGAAAUAACCACAGCAGUCAGAAUUAUUUUCUCCAAGAAACACUAAUACUAAAUUUGGUCUACAGUUUUGUAGCUGACCAACUCAGAACUCCCCCAUGAGUUAAUGUUACUCAAUCGUUUACAAAUAGGAUUGAACCCUGCAUCCUCCCUUAAUACUCGGGCCUUGCCAUUACACACGCUGUACCCAGUAUUUAAAAAACGAUCUUGCAUGCUAGCCUUUGAAACAAAACAUAGCCCCCUCAGAGAUGAAAGGUAACCAGGUGACUCAAGUUCACAACAAUCUGAAUAGUCUGUAAAGGACGAACCAGAACCUGGAGGCAACUGUUAGGACUGGCCUGCAUUAUUUCCUGCGCGUUUCUAGUGGUGUUGUUACAUACUUUGCAGCUCAAUAGGUACAAAAUACAACCUAUUGGCCUAUUCAUCAUGAGUGCUGGAGAGCUGCACCAUCUGGACUACCACCUCAAUGAUCAUGAACUGAUGGGGAUGGACACUUUCAUCCACCGCAUUGACUCCACAGAGGUGAUCUACCAACCACGCAGGAAGAGGGCCAAGCUGAUUGGGAAGUAUUUGAUGGGGGACUUGCUGGGGGAGGGGUCGUAUGGGAAAGUAAAGGAGAUGCUGGACUCAGAGACACUGUGUCGCAGGGCUGUCAAGAUACUGAAGAAGAAGAAACUGCGGAGGAUUCCGAACGGAGAAGCCAAUGUGAAAAAGGAGAUUCAGCUGCUAAGAAGACUCCUGCACAAAAAUGUGAUUCAGUUGGUGGAUGUGCUGUACAAUGAAGAGAAACAGAAAAUGUAUAUGGUGAUGGAGUAUUGCGUAUGUGGGAUGCAGGAAAUGCUGGAUAGCGUCCCAGAGAAAAGGUUUCCAGUAUUUCAAGCUCACGGGUACUUUUGCCAACUCUUAGACGGCCUUGAAUAUUUGCACAGCCAGGGAAUAGUUCACAAAGACAUUAAACCAGGCAACCUAUUGCUGACCACAGACGGAGCGCUCAAGAUCUCCGACCUGGGGGUAGCAGAGGCGCUCCAUCCAUUUGCGGAGGAUGAUACAUGUCGCACCAGCCAGGGCUCCCCGGCCUUCCAGCCCCCAGAGAUAGCUAAUGGCCUGGACACGUUUUCAGGGUUCAAAGUAGACAUCUGGUCCGCAGGAGUAACACUAUACAACAUUACGACAAGUCUGUAUCCCUUCGAGGGGGACAACAUCUAUAAGCUAUUUGAGAACAUUGGGAAAGGAGACUACAGCGUUCCCGAGGAGUGCGGCCCUCUCCUGUCAGACCUGCUGAAUGGAAUGCUGGAGUAUGAGCCUGUCAAGAGGUUUUCCAUACAGCACAUAAGGCAGCACAACUGGGUGCGGAAGAAACACCCCCCGUCCGAGCCCCCCGUGCCCUUCCCGGCCAACGCGGAGAGCCGGGACCCGUGGCGCAGCAUGACGGUGGUGCCCUACCUGGAGGACCUGCACGGCUACGCGCAGGAGGACGACGACGAGCUGUACGACGCCGACGACGAGUUCAUCUACACUCAGGACUUCACCGUGCCAGGACAAGUAGCCGAGGAGGACGAGGACCUGAGCCCCGCCCACUACGGCCGGGCCGUGGCCAAGCCGGUGUGCGUGAACGGGACGGACGGCGGGGGAGCCCUCAGCAGCAAGCCCAAAGUGGAGCGCCGCGCCUCCUCCUCGUCCAACCCGUCGCGCAAGGGGCUGUCCGCGGCCGGCAAGAUCCGCAAGCUCUCCACCUGCAAACAGCAAUGACCUCACCCCCCCGCCCUGCAGCCCACCUGGUCACGCUCUCCCUCCCCCUCUCCUCCCUCUGGUGUCUGGAGCCCCUGUGGGUGUAACGGGGGAGAACCUGCUGAUGGUCUAGCCCCGUAUUCCCUGAACCGCUGGCCUGAAUCCCACGCCACUGACCGGGCUGGGCUGGGGUCGAUGGGCGAGGAGGAGAAGAGGACCAAGUGUCAAGUGAUGUUAUUUUUUCUUCUUUGCCUGUCUCUAAAGACUUGAGCCGCUAGGUGUGAAAAGGGUUGGAUAUAUAAAUAUAUAUAUAUAUGCCAUUGGGCGGACGCUUUUGUCCUAAGCGUCUUACGAUGCCAUGAGUGCAUUCGUUUAUUAGCAUGGGGGGGCCCCAGUGGGAGAGGAUUAUUUUGAGAAUUGUUGCAUUUCCUUUUCUUUUAGUUUUGGUUGUUUUUGGCCUCCACCCCCUUGAAUGAUACUCCCCUCUCCAUCUCUCCCUCCAUCCACUCUCCACUGGGAUGGCAUUGGACAAUAUGAACAUGGCUACGACUCCCCCUGCUUCUUCAGUAGUUCCCCUCUGUCUUUAAGACUACCUUUUGGAUUUGUUGUCUGUUCCGUGGGGGAGAAAAACUGCUGUUGUAACUGCCGUUUUUUUUAACUGCAGUGGGGGGGGGGGGGGGGGGGGAAGAGAGAAUUGUUAUUGAUAAUAAUAAAAAAAUCUGAAUUCUAUAUUUCAAUGUAUGAGGAUGAUGGAAGGUGCAUGCUGUGGGAAGCUGAGGUGAAGAGUUCUGCUGAUGGACUUGCAGACCUCCACGUCCACCACAGACUUAUCGGGGCUCUAGUUUCUGAUUUCCGUUUUUUGUUUUCUUAUUUGAAUAAAUAUUUUUUAAUUAUUAUUUAUAUAAAAUAUGUUCAGACCGGA